GCACGUAGCUAAACGUGUAUUUGAUGUGCAGCACCCGAACCGCGCGCUGCUGGAUUCGCCAGCGCUGGAAGUGCGAAAACUAAAGCAACUGUUUGACUCUGUCUAGUGGAUUUCUUUCCAAAGCAAGAAGAUCCUUUCAUUUACGACUUGUGAGCCAGAGGAAAAUGGCGAGCUCAUCAAGCAGUCAACCUGCGGCUGCCGAUCAUGAGAAGAGACGACAAUUGAGACAAGAUUAUCGAACCUUGAUUGCAGAAACGCAGCGAAAUCGACAGGACUUGAUCCAACCUGAAUCUGAUGGAUUGAAGGACACGCUGGACAGGGCUGAUACCCUGUUCACUCAAGUGACGAAGAGCAAAUGUCCGAGAGAGGCAGCAUUAGAUUCUCAUCUCAUGGUGCUUGUGUCGUCGCUAGGCAACGAAAGAGCCCAGAAACUUCACACUGAUUUCCACACAUUUGACCCAAAGGAAUUCGCUGAGAAACUGGUAUCUUUUAUGGGUGACAGACGGAUACCCAAUGAGGAAGGCGAGAGGAGGAAUGUUCCAUUUCCAAAGGAAGGGUGGAGUAAAUUGGGACAGGCAGCAAAGGCAUGUUUCAGAAGGGCACCGGCGUUUCAUUUUAUGCUUGGAUCGUUUGAGAGAGGAGAAGCUCCAGCUAAGACUAGGAAGCAAAGCGCGGCACGGCAGAAGGAGAAAGACACUGGUCCAGCUGUAGUCCCUAAACAGGUUCAAUCCAUGGGCAAGAGUCACCAGGAAGUCACUACAGAGGAAGUGGAGAGAAUGCUGGGUAUCCUCCAUCAGGUCACCAACUUUGACGCCCAGGAAGAAACUCAAGAAAUUGAGCCAGUGUCUUUAUUUGAGUUUGUGAUCAACCCCCACUCCUUCAGUCAGACGGUAGAGAACAUCUUUCAUCUUUCCUUCUUAGUCAAGGAUGGUCAUGCGGAAGUAGCAUUAGACGAUGACAGACUACCAAUCAUUAUUCCGAGAACGCCUUACAUUGAGGGACAGACAAACGAACGAGUGGAUCGUAAACAAGUCAUGAUGUCACUGGAUAUGACACAGUGGAAGGAGAUUGUUGAUGUGUUUGAGAUCAAGGAACCACUGAUUCCCAUGAGAGCUGGUCCAAGUGUGGACGUGAACGGUAUCAACAGAGACCUACAGGAAAUAGAGAUCAGUACAGAUGAGCCGACUCGCAAGAAGAAGGCCCAUGGUUCCAGUAAAUCGACCAAACCAAGCAGCCGAUGAUGACAGAAUAACCAGUGUUGUACUUUUGCACCCAACUUGCCAUUUUUAAAUCGGUCCAUUAUCUAUUUGAGAUAGUAACUUUCAAGACGAAUACAGCUGUGUCGGAAUUACUUGACGACGGCCGAUGUAACACAUGUCUAGGGGAAGUGGAAUCAACCGCUUCCAUAGUCGCAUGUUUUAGUGGGAGCUGUUCCAAGUAUUGGAAUGGCAUGGAGCUUUGAAACAGGAAAAAAAUGCUUAACAAAUUCAGCUUCUCAGCAAAAAUCUGCAGAGCACCAAUUAAACUCAAAUACACUGCAUGACCUUCUCGGCUGGUAACCUGAGUUUUCUUAACAAAUACUUUCCACGCUUAGCAGAUUUUUACUCUGGAAUUCACCCCUGGUGUCUUUCUCCUGAGUUCACAAUAGUGGUGUGCAUUCAUGGGGAGUACAGGAACCAGGUACCCUAUUGAAGUAAACACGGGUACCCGUAAAGAAAACCAACCCCAGCAUUCAAAUCCCGGAUGUUGUCUGAAGGGGUUGACAGCUUUUUGAUCUAUACCACAACUUUCGCAAGCGUUAUCUGUCACGCAUUAAA